AUGUAUCUCGAGAUCUUUAUCUUAAAAGCCAGUGAGGUAACUUCCUUGAAUCUCCCUUCAUGUGAUCUGCCUUUAUUCCCUUUGAUUCUUCGAGCAAUUAGGAGAGAUACUCUCCUAAUUCUUUGCAUGUCCUUUUCCCUUGAGAUCUUAGGAAAAUCAUGUGUUGAAGGGAAUAGUCCAAAUACUUACACCUACUUCUUUGGGGAAAUUAAAAAGCUGCAGAUAUUGGGUCCAAGUAAUAAUAGAUUAUCGGGACGGAUACCAUCUUCCAUAGGAAACCUCACUCAAUUGUAUAACCUCCAGCUAUCAGCAAAUGGAUUAGAAGGAAGCAUUCCUCCAAGUCUUGGAAACUGCCAACAUUUGCAGGAGAUGGAUAUAUCACAGAAUAGGCUCAGUGGAGAAAUAACACCACAGGUCCUUGGUCUUUCCUCAUUUGUAAUUCUCAACCUAUCACAAAACUCACUAACUGGCAGCUUGUCUGUGGAAGCAGGUAAUAUGAAGAAUAUCCAUAGUCUGGACAUUUCUGAAAAUAAUUUGACUGAAGAAAUUCCAGAAAUCAUUGGAGACUGUCUAAGCCUUGAAUUUCUUAACCUACGAGAGAAUCUCUUUCAAGGAAUCAUACCUUCUUCUUUGGCUUUUUUGAAAGGUCUUGAGUAUCUUGAUCUUUCAAGAAACAACUUGUCCGGACAAAUUCCAAAAGAUCUGCAGAGACUUCCCUUCUUGCAAUAUUUGAACCUUUCUUUCAAUAAUCUCGAAGGUGAGGUACCAAAAGAAGGAGCCUUUCGGAACACAAGUGCAGCAUCAUUGGUUGGAAAUACAGAACUUUGUGGUGGUGUUUCAGAAUUGCUACUACCGGCCUGCCCCAUCAAAUUUCCAGAGCAGAGAAAGAGCCAUGGUUUCAAACUAAAGAUCACAAUUUCUUUAGUUGUUGGAUGCUCUCUUCUGUUUGUAGUUUUCUUAUCUCUUUAUUGGAGGAGAAAAACGCAAAAGAAACCAUUAUAUGUAGACUUAUCUAUCAACUUCCUUUCAAAGGUUUCAUACCAGACACUUCAUCAAGCUACAAGUGGAUUCUCUCCGAGCACUCUAAUUGGAUCAGGAAGUUUUGGCAUUGUAUAUAGAGGGAUUCUAGAUCAGGAAGAAAACAUGGUAGUGGAAGUAAAGGUUCUGAACCUUCAACAACAAGGAGCUUCCAGAAGUUUCAUGGCAGAAUGCAAUCAUAUCCGGCACAAGAAUCUUGUGAAGAUCUUCACUUGUUGCUCCAGCACGGAUUAUAAUGGCAAUAAAUUCAAAGCUCUAGUUUUUAAGUAUAUGUCAAACGGUAGUUUAGAGGAGUGGAUGCACAGAGAAAACCAAUCAAGGAGUUUGAACCUUUUUCAAAGACUGAAUUUUGCUUAUGAUGUGGCUUCUGCAUUGUGUUAUCUUCAUGACCAUUGUGAACCUCAAAUCAUUCACUGCGACAUGAAGCCAAGCAAUGUUCUUCUUGAUGAUGACAUGGUUGCUUGUGUAGGUGAUUUUGGGUUAGCCAGAGUACUCCUCUCAACCACCGCAGAGUCUUCUCAAACUCAAAGUAGCACAAUUGGAACAAGGGGAACAAUGGGCUAUGCGGCUCCAGAGUAUGCAAGUGGUGUUGAGGCAUCCUGGUCUUGGAAAUGUUCACAGGAAGAAGACCCAUCGAUGAAAAGUUCAAAGAUGGUUUGAAUCUCCACAACUUUGUUAAGAUGGCAAUACCAGGAAGAAUUGUGCAGAUUGUUGACCCUGCUCUUCUCGCCACCGUACAAGAGACAGCAGAAAACAAAGUGAAGUACAUGCUUUAGAGGUCAUAACAAUGAAAUUGAAGCAGAGGAGAAAAAUCGAGAUUAUGAGAACCUAAGCAAGAUGGACACACGUGUUGAAGUGUAUACAUUCAAUCCUUGAGAUAGGACUGGUGUGCUCAGAGGAAUCACCAAAGAAUAGAAUGUCUAUGGAGGAUAUCGUCAGGGACCUCCACCAUGUACAAAAUGCUUUCAAUGGUGCUGAGAUCAGUCGAGCGAGAUAAAGCAGAUUAGCAGGAGCUAAAUAAUAGCUAGUUUGUGCCAAGUUACUAAGUAUACUUUCUUGGCAUUUAGAUAUUUUAUCAAGCAGUUGCAAGGCGAUAUAAUAUGUUCACCUGUAGCAGAUUCUUGUUUGAAGAACUAAGAAAUGAAUGUGAACCAUUUGUAUAGU